AUGUGUUUUCUCGCUGCUUUAUUGCAUUUCUGAUUCCAAUACGAGUAUUUACGCUACUGCCGUUGUGAUUGGAGUUUGAGUUCAUCCAUAAUUUAUAUCGCUGCUGCGACUCGCGAGGCUCGAAGGCAGCAGCACAGCACAGCCCCGACUCACUUUUUGUACAUUACCCCACUCUCCCCAAAUCCAAACUAAAUCAUCCCCACAAGUAUUAUAUCGUCUAAGAACGCUUGUUACACAUGCAUAACUCUGAGAGUACCUUGAUUUUCAAUCGAGUCAAUUGGCGCCAUGGACGAAGAAUUCGAUCACGAUAAGAAGAUCAAUCGCGCGACGGACUUCAAAUACCCCACUAUUCAGGCUAAGCGGCAAGUCCGAUUAUUGCGAGCUCGAUUUGACGAAGAGCACAAGAAUGUAGUCUACUCUCUAGAAGUUGUUCCUCUUUCUGAGCUUCCUUGGGAAUGCUACAAAGCACUCUCCUAUACUUGGGGUCAUGCUCAUACAGCAGACGACGUACGAGCGAUCCAGAUUGACAACCAACCAUUUUCUGUCCGUCGGAAUUUGUUCCAGUUCCUUGAAGCUGCUGCAGACCGAGAAGAGUAUGGAUUGUUCUUCAUCGACGCAAUAUGUAUCAAUCAACUCGACCAUGAAGAGCGGCAAUCUCAGGUCCAGGAAAUGGCACGUAUCUAUCGUAAUUCCAACGAAGUCAUCGGCUGGCUCGGAAUACCUGAGAUCAAUCAAAUAGAUAACAUUCGACCUUUGAGCGGAACCAAAAGAAAUGCUCAUGAGGGUUGCCCGACAUGGUCAUCUUCACAAUGGGAGGGCUUCAGAUACCUCAGCCAACACAACUUCUGGAGUCGACUCUGGAUUGUACAAGAAGUAUUACUAGCUGAAAGCAUGACAAUCUGGUGCGGUUCUUUCACAUUCCCUCUCUCACUCUUCGGAAGCGCUACAAAGACCUCUCCAAUACUCGAUGUAAGAAUCGCGCCGAAUGGACGACCCCACAAGGUCAUUAGCCCGACAGCACGACUACAAAGCCCUGCAACAACCAUUGUAACACACAGACUUCGAUCUGUUCCUCGUCCACUCAGAGGUCAAGACCCUCUGGCACAAGGGACGAUUAUCGGGACCUUGGAAGAGAUGACAACGGGGCUAAAGAACCCAACUGAGCGAAUGACAACGUACCAGUCCAAGAUCGCAGACUUGUAUCACGAAGUCAUCAGCAAAUUUGGGAGACUGGAAUGCUCUGAUCCAAGGGAUAAAUUAUACGGCUUUCUAGGCAUUUUGAACGAGAAGAGUCGCGCAAAAGUGGACGUCGAUUACAGGAAGGACGUCAGCUACGCAUUUUACCAAGCACUGAAGAUUGGGAUCCAGGAAAUCUUCCUCGAACAUGGAGGCGUGGUCUAUCCUGAUGAUCGAAAUUGCAAGAGUUCCGACUACCUGGCAUUCUACUGUGAUGUGAGAGAUGCGUUUGGGAUAGAUGAUAAAGAGACCUUGGUUAUUCUUGGGAAGGUGUUGGAGGAGCUGAAUUUUAGAAAGUGGGUGCAGGAAGCGGAGUUUGAGGUUCAGAAUCAGCAGCAGUUUGUUUGGAGGGAUCAGAUUGUGGAUGUUCAUCCUGGGUUUAAAUGGUUGUCGAUGUUUGCUGAAAUAGAGAAAGAGGGUGAGGAUGGGGGGAAUGGGUUAUACAGGUAUCAUCAGAGACAGGGGAAGAUGAUUGAGAGGUUGAUGGCUUGGUUUCGAGAUCGGUCACGGAGAAAGGACCACUUUCGCAGACUCGAGAAGUCUCGCCAACAGCCUUUGAUUGUGAGGGAGAAGUCAUGAAUUAUGUUCCCAUUACUCUUUGUUCUGCGCCUUCAGUUUGUGUUCGUGGGCAUUUAGCGUAUGUUGGAUAUCCAUCUUACACCAGAUACUUUAGACAUAGAUCAGUAUUUUACAGUAUCCGGGUCUCCAAGGAG